AUAUUGAAAUGCUAUAAAAAGAAAGCAGUUGAAACAGUUGGCACUCAGCGUGUGUGUGAGCGUUUAAAAUUGAGCAUGGUGAAGUAGGGACCAUCAGGCUAUAAUUCAGAAAUACCUCUUAUAAACACUACUGGAAAGUUCUUACACACACAACUUAAAAACUCCAGACACACGCUCAACCAAAAUGCUUCCAUAUAAUGUACUGAAAUGUUCAUGUAAUAGACUUACAUGCCCUCACACAUCCUGAAAUGCUCUCAUAUAAUAUACUAAAAUUGUCAAACACACUGACAUAUUCUCACAUAUUGAAAUGCUGUCAAAUAUACGAAACUGCUCUCAUGUAAAUAUUCUGAAAUGCUCUUACAUUUUAGAACGAAAUGCCAUAGAAGGAAGCAGUUGACACAAGUGUGCAAGUGUUUUACACAUGAGCACGGUGGGUCACAGGAUGAUCUCUCUCACACAGUGCUGAAACACUCACACUCAAAUGAAAUGCUGACACACACAUAACUGAAAAACUAUCACUUACACAAUUGAAAUCUUCCAAUUCACAACUUCCGUGCUCUGCUACAUUACACUGAAAUGCUCUGAUAUAAUUUACUGACACACAUGUUAGAGGUCUGUGAGAAAGAGGGUAAUCCUAAAUCAUGUCCCUAAGAUCUUAAGACCACACAAAAAGGUUAGGACAGCCUUGAUUUCAGCUUUUUGUAGUUAACUGUUAAGUUGGAUGCGAUUUUAUGAGGAAAAUGUCAUUUAAUAAAGCACAGAUGGUGCACAUUUCUGUGCACUGACAGUUCAGUGUCGUCUUAUGUGCGAUGGAUGUGUGCGCACGAGAUUAGAAUGUCUCCGUGGGAUCCACCGUAUGUACCUCCUACUGUGACAGCGCUCCAGGAGCUGAUGCUAAGAGAUAGACGACCCACUGAGCAUGUCAUCCAGGAGCUGAUGCUAAGAGAUAGACGACCCACUGAGCACGUCAAUCAAGUGUAGCCCAUCCUUUAAAUUGGCAAUGUACACGUGCGAGGGCACACGCACUAGCACUGGUUCAGUGACGAGCUGUGCAUUUGGUACCUGGGCAGUCAGUCGGGACUUACCUGACUCAAUCCACAUCCAAAUACCACGACUACCACGUCACAAUUAUAGAAUUAUAUAAUUAUGAACAAAACAAUAUAGCAUCAUCUGGAGCAGUUCAGAAUAAACAAUUAUCUAAUAGCAUGAUAAAAACAAACACCAUACUCACUUGAAGAUGCUGAUUAUUAAAUGUACAAACAGCAUACUCACUUGAAGAUGCUGAUUAUUAAAUGUAUUACUAUGUGCAGAUAGCUACAGAUGCGUUUUUCGAGUUAGACUUGGCCUGCUCUGACCAGCCAAUCAGAGGAUGAAAAAAUACUGAUGUCAUCGAAGGCCAGUGGUACGGCCCUGUGAGGACGAAUUUUUGAUUGUGAUUGUUUAAAGAAACACUCCCAUUGUUAAUAUAGAUUACGUUACAUCGGCCCCACAUCCCACAAUAAAAUAUAAAAAAAACCAAUGGACCACCAACGACAUUUUCUUUUUUACUAUUGUUUGUAGAAUUUAUAUACUCUUCUUGCCAUUUAAAGAAUCAAAAAUGGUCCAGUCCCCUCAUCUUGCAUCACUCUCCAUGUGCCAGGAAGUAGCUUGCUAGAUAACAGACAGACAGACGAACCAACAAACUGGCGCUCCACGAUUUUUUUUUGUUACUGUGAAAUUGAUUUCCACUUUUUGCUGUUUGAAUUGCAAUACACACUGACAUAUAAUUACUUCACCAUGAACUAGCCUUUUAGCUUUUUCAUGUUUCUGGGUACCUGUUCAAACAAUCAGAUUGCCGAAACAGCCAGUCAGUCAUGUCAACUGAUACCUGUUCUCUUAAGAUAAUUGUUGGACAAAUAAAUGUAAAAAUGUAAAAAAAAUAAAUGUUCAUCCACUGUACUUUUGGUGUCCAUACCAAGGAGGAAAAAUACAAAACUGGUGAAGCAUUACAUAAUUUAUGAGAAGAUGGAAAGUCACAAAUCAAAACAUGUGACAUCGAUGUCUUAUUUCCACAAAUAGGUCUCAAUAUGCUAUCAUGUGACCUCACACACACCUGUCUGGACGUGUGGGAGAUUCUUAAAAUGACAAGUGAUAUAACACACUGUUCCCUUUAAACGUUUUGCAUUCUUUGCAUUGGAUUGAAAUGUUUCUUGCACAGAAUAACGGUCGCGGCUUUCCUUAUGUACAUGAGUAUCUCAAGGAUUUAAACAGGCACGUGUGUGUAUGUCACAAUGAUGUGGUGUCAUGGACGGCAGCGGCCUAAAAAUAUCAUGUGAAACACAAAGAGCAGCUAGCAUGUGUCCUCAUGCCGACUCUGGAGAAACGCAUACAAACACGGAGGAGAUCUUUGCUCUCAAGUCCUGCUUGGAGAAAAAUCUGAAAUUUACUAUAUAUAAACUGUAUGACAGCUUACAGGUAAACCAUGUCCUCCCGUGUGGUAAAAUCAAGAGGAAAGAACCCCUAUGCGGCUGUUCAAGUGGACCCAGACAGCGAUUACAUCACACCAGAAAGACGGCACUGGAGAGACCUGGUCUGAAGGAAAUGGGUAUCACGCAUGUGUUAAAUGCUGCAGAGGGGAAGUACAACAACGUGCUGACAGGUGCACAUUACUACACAGAUAUCCAGUAUUUUGGCAUAGAGGCCGACGACAAACCCACCUUCAACAUCUCCCAGUUCUUCUGCCCGGCGACACAGUUCAUCAGCGAGGCCCUGAGCCAACCACAAAACAAGGUGCUGGUGCACUGUGUGAUGGGUCGCAGCAGGUCAGCGUCACUGGUCUUGGCCUACCUGAUGAUGGAGCAAGGCUUAACUGUGGUGGACGCCAUACAGCAUGUGCGACAACGCCGUUGCGUCCUUCCCAACCACGGUUUCCUCAAGCAGCUCAGAGCUUUGGACAUUACACUGCAGGAGGAAAAGCUGAGACUAAAACAACAAAAGACGCAAGAUCAACAGUCAUGAUUGGCAUCUGAAAUGGGGUGGGGAUGGGGGCACACUGGAUCUAAUAAUGAACCACUUUCUUUUAUCAGUGAACUUUGAAAAAUCUAAAUUUGGAUAUGUAUGGUUUUCAUUGGACAAUGAUGAGAUGUAUCCCAAUACAGUAACUGUUUCAUUUCAUCUAUUUUAAAUGGCAAAAUGGAUUGAUUUGUUGUUUCAAUGGUGAGAGAGAAGUCGGGGGAAAGUAGAAAAUCAAAGAAAUAAAAAACUGCUAUUAAAAGGACCAGCCUACAAUGUUAACUUUAAAAUGA